GAAACAAAAAAUAAGAUGUCUUGUAGAGCACAUCACUUGACAAGGGGUUCAAGUGAGGAAUGGGUUCAGCUGGAAACAAACACUGCUCAUUCAACCUAUAGAAUGUUGUUUUACAUUAAUCUUACUACCAGUGGAAAGUUAAACAUGUAUUGUAAACCAGAAUGGAUGGACUGUAAUUGUUGUCCAACAAUUAAUGUUAUUAUGAGUGAUAACUGUUGUCACCCACAUGUUUCUGGCUGUGAACAGUGAGUAUUUGGCGCAUGUUGGUGGAAGGUGGAGACAGUCUGGGAGGUUAAGGGUCUGCAGGCAGGAAGAUAAACAAGAAGAUGUAUUGUUGAGCACAUCGCUUUACAUGGGGUUCAAGUGAGGAAUGGGAUCUGCUGAAAACGAGUCAUUCAACCUACAGAAUAUUUAACAUUAUACUUAUUUUAAAAAAAAAUGUAUAUAGAUUUGCUUUUCAAUUAAAGUAGUCUUUACACCCUUGAAGUUUUCACAUUUGGGAUCGACUCGGAAUCAAAUGUGAGUCAAUGCCGAGUCCCCCGAGUCUCAAAUGGAGUAGGCCCAAACCCACCGCGUUGACUCUCUAGCCUGCCUCAGUGGCCAGAUUGACUCCCUCUGAAUUCUGUGUUUUUAAAAUGGAUUAUUCCAUUCUCUGAUUUUAUUUAGGCUACUAGCCUGCCUCAGUAGCCAUGUUGUUAUGGUUACUACCAGUAAAAAAAAGUUGGAACUAGCUAGUAAGCUAACUGACAAAUUUCAAUUCGGCUAGUUUUAUACUGAUAGAAUGUACAACUUUUAUACUGUCAUAAGAAGGUUCCGGUCCAUUCCAGUAUUCUAAUUCCUAAUUCCCUGUUUAUACAUCAGUAGGCCUAAUCCUAGAUGCCUACGUUCCAGCGUUGUGUAUUUCACUAUUUUUGUUUUAUAGUACACUACAUUUGACCAGAGCCCAAACGGCACCCUUUUCCGUACGUAGUGCACUACUUUUGACCAGGGCCCAUAGGUCCAUGUAUCACUCGGGUCUGGUCAAAAGUCUCUGGUCAAAAGUAGUGCACUAAAUAGGGAAUAGGGGCCAUUUGGGAAACCGCCACCGAGAUCCCCAUAUGAAAUGCAUGGUGGUAGCAGAGAGCAUGCAGAGGUACAGGAGGCUGCAUUUUGAGAGAGAGGUGCUGUUGGACCCAUUCCGGACCUGGUGCCCGUCCUCGUCGUGCCAGGCAAUGGGCCAGCUGAAGGAGAUGGAGUUGCCACAGCUGGUCCAGUGCUCUGUGUGCAGGCUGGAGUUCUGCUCGGCCUGCCGGGACAGCUGGCAUAAAGAAAAUGCCUGCCAGGACAACACCUUCCGACCCGGGGAGACCAGUUCCUUCUACAAGAGCGAUGGCGACGCGCCCAUCAAGCGCUGUCCCAAAUGUAAGGUGUACAUCGAGAGGGACAAGGGCUGUGCUCAGAUGAUGUGCAAGAGCUGAUGACCUCCUCCUGAUCCACUAUGACAAAGGGCCAUGCAGAAACAAACUGGGCCUCUCCAGAGCUUCAGUUAUCUGGCACCGGACACAGGUGGUGGGGACUAUUCGCUGGCUUCGUGCUGCUCCUGCUGUUGGCGUCUCCCUUCCUCCUCCGAGCCUCAUCCUUCAUUCUGUGCUGCAAGUGUAAAUGCAGUAAAGGGGAUGACGACCCUCUGUCAACCUAACCAACCCCACCCUGGGCACAGACAUGCCAGCUUACCUGACAGACAGGGGCUCCAGGCCUGUUGGUGAACUUGGUGGUUGGUUAGACACCCCCGUAUGGGUUUUUUGUCCCUCCCACCUGCCCAGUGGACUCUUAGGGAUUGGUCGCUGGGGCAGAGCAGUACAAGUGGAUGAGGAAUACAGCCAGCAUGUUUGGUUGAGAGGGCACUAAGUCUGUGGUUCUGUUGUGAUGUUCCAUGUGUUAAGAAUGGCUGGGCCUGCAGAGGAGUGAACGGAACACAGCACCAGUCAAUGUUGGCUGUUACUUCAGAGGGCUUGGAAGAUAUUCUCAAUAUGGGAUCAUGUAUGUGUGUCGGGUUCAAGGUUAAGGUUUUUUUUUUUUUGUCUUGUACAGCUAUCUUGGUGCUUGUUUUGGGGGACUGCAAAUAGAAGUUUGGUAUAUUUGGCGGGAACAACCUUGGCUAUCAGCCACGGUAUGUGGAAGUGUCUCCUCCAGGUUUAUAAGGAUUUGUUUGGGGGUUAUUUAUUUACCAACCCCUUCUGCCUUCCCUCACUCUUCAGUUUUCUAUACAGACCUGGUUUUCAUAUACUUUAAAAAUUGAUUCAAAUACUUUGAGCAUUUGCUUGAGUCUGCCUGGUUUUCAGUUUUGGGAACUUUCUAUUGGUUUAUUAAGCCAGGUAAGCUCAAACAGGCACAGAUAAAGUAUUUUUAACAGAUUUGAAGUACUUCUAUUUCUAUAAGAACAUAAACAAUGAUUGUAGAUGUUCAGUUUGUAUCAUUUAAGCUUAACCUCUGAGGACUCACAACAUCCCGAGACUAUAUUAUGAGCGUUUUGUUUUGUAUUAUAGACUCGCUGGGAAGUAAUUGUACACCCGAUGUCACAGGAAGACCAAAAAGAUCAUCAAGGACAUUACCCACCUGAGCCACUGCCCGCUAUCAUCCAGAAGGCGAGGUCAAAGCUGGAACCGAGAGACUGAAAAACAGCUUCUAUCUCAAGGCCAUCAGACUGUUAAACAGCCAUCACUAGCACAUUAGAGGCUGCUGUCUAUAGGCAUAGACUAGGAAUCACAGGCCACUUUAAGGAAUGGAACACUAGUCACUUUAAUAAUGUUUACAUAUCUGGCAUUACUCAUCUCAUAUGUAUAUACUGUUUUCUAUACUAUUCUAUAGUCCCUUAGUCACUUAAUGUUUACAUAUCUGGCAUUACUCAUCUCAUAUGUAUAUGCUGUAUUAUAUACUAUUCUACAGUAUCUUAGUCACCUAAUAAUGUUUACAUAUCUUGCAUUACUGAUUACUCAUCUCAUACGUAUAUACUGUAUUCUAUAAUAUUCUACAUUAUCUCAUUCACUUAAUGUUUACAUAUCUAGCAUUACUCAUCUCAUGUGUAUAUACUGUAUUCUAUACUAUUGUACUGUAUCUUAGUCCGUUCCGCUCUGAAAUCGCUCGUCCAUAUGUAUAUAGUCUUAAUUCAUUCCUACUUAGAUUUGUGUGUAU